GCCAGUCUGAAGGGAGAGCCAAGCGGGCAGCCUGCCGGGAAUCGUGGAUGCCAGGCGCGAGCUAGGUGGGCACAGCCCGCCCCCGGGCAAGGCGCUCGGCCAACGCGCCGCCCCCCCCCUUCAGCCGCAUCUCGGGCAUCCAGCAGUCCGCGCGCUCGCCCGCCCGCCCGCCUCGGGGUGCUUCCCCCGGGAAGACGGAGGGACGGACGGACGGCUUGACUGAAGGGCGGGCAAGAAGGAGCCGAUCCGAGGCAGAGCGGCGCGACUUGAGGAAUACCGAUAAAUGCCGGCGGGAGGGACUGGCUUCUGUGGAUUUCCCUGCCUGCCGCCGGCUCGGGGUGGAUUCCCUCUUCCUAAUUUCGAGGCGGUGAAGGCGGCGGCCGCGGAGAGGUGGGGAGAAAGGGGGUGCCCCCUCGCCCAAGGCAAGAGGCGCGAGUUGUUCCUGAGCGUGGAACCAUGUGAGGAAUGCUGCUGCAGCAAGAGACACACAGAGGGAGUGUUGAGGUUUAGACUCCCGUUCUUCUCCACUCUCCACCACAGGAUGGAACAGAGAAAAAUCUGGCCUCGGAUAUGGGACUCCGACGGCUGGACAGUGGCCUGGGUGCUUGUUUUCUUGAUGUUCUUUUCUAGGCAUGUCACCAGCACACCUACGUACAAUACCUUCCACUCUGAGAACCGGGAAUGGACUUUCAACCACUUGACAGUCCAUCAGGCCACUGGAGCAGUCUAUGUGGGAGCGAUCAAUCGGGUUUAUAAGCUAUCUGGAAACCUGACCAUCUUGGUAGCUCACAAGACAGGACCUGAGGAGGACAACAAAUCCUGCUAUCCUCCACUUAUUGUGCAACCCUGCACGGAAAUUCUGACCCUGACUAAUAAUGUUAACAAGCUAUUGAUUAUUGAUUACUCAGAAAAUAGGCUGCUGGCCUGUGGCAGCCUCUACCAAGGAGUCUGCAAGCUGCUGCGCUUAGAUGACCUCUUUAUCCUGGUGGAACCAUCACACAAGAAAGAGCACUACCUUUCCAGCGUAAACAAGACUGGCACUAUGUAUGGAGUUAUAGUUCGCUCUGAGGGUGAGGAUGGGAAGCUUUUUAUUGGUACAGCAGUGGAUGGCAAGCAGGAUUACUUUCCCACACUCUCUAGCCGAAAGCUGCCACGUGAUCCAGAGUCAUCAUCCAUGUUGGAUUAUGAGCUCCAUAGCGACUUUGUAUCAUCGCUCAUCAAAAUCCCUUCAGACACACUGGCCUUGGUCUCUCACUUUGACAUUUUCUAUAUAUAUGGAUUUGCCAGUGGCAAUUUUGUCUAUUUUCUCACUGUCCAGCCUGAGACUCCUGAGGGAGUGUCUAUCAAUUCAGCCAGUGACCUUUUCUAUACAUCUCGAAUUGUGCGUCUUUGCAAGGAUGACCCCAAGUUCCACUCAUAUGUCUCUUUGCCCUUUGGUUGCGUAAAGGGUGAUGUGGAAUAUCGCCUCCUACAGGCAGCUUAUCUUUCCAAGCCAGGAGAGGUGCUUGCCAGGUCCCUCAAUAUCACAGCCCAGGAUGACAUCCUUUUUGCCAUUUUCUCUAAGGGACAGAAGCAAUAUUACCACCCUCCUGAUGACUCUGCUCUUUGCAUCUUUCCCAUCCGUGCUAUCAAUGCCCAAAUCAAGGAGCGCCUACAGUCUUGCUACCAGGGGGAAGGCAACCUUGAACUCAACUGGCUGCUAGGCAAAGAUGUACAGUGUACUAAGGCGCCAGUCCCAAUAGAUGAUAACUUCUGUGGGUUGGACAUUAACCAGCCACUAGGAGGCUCUGUACCAGUAGAAGGGGUGACCCUUUACACAUCCAGUCGUGACCGGAUGACUUCUGUCACUUCAUAUGUCUACAAUGGCUACAGUGUGGUGUUUGUGGGUACCAAGAGUGGCAAGCUGAAGAAGAUCCGAGCAGAUGGGCCUCCUCAUGGUGGCAUUCAAUAUGAAAUGAUGCCAGUUUUCAAGGAUGGGAGUCCUAUCCUUCGUGACAUGGCCUUCUCCACAGAUCACAACUACAUCUAUGUCAUGUCAGAAAGACAGGUCUCACAGGUUCCUGUCGAAUCCUGUGAACAGUACACCACUUGUGGAGAAUGUCUUAGCUCAGGAGACCCCCACUGCGGCUGGUGUGUUCUGCACCAUACGUGCUCCCGGAGGGAUAAGUGCGAGAGAGCAGAUGAACCAUACCGGUUUGCAGCCAGCAUCAACCAGUGCAUGAGUAUCAUUGUUCAACCCAGCAGCAUCCCAGUUUCUGAGCACAGCCUUCCGCUUAGCUUGCUGGUGAAUGAUGCACCUGACCUAUCAACUGGUAUCACCUGUGUAUUUGGAAACCUCACUGAAGUGGAAGGCCAGGUUUUGGGCAACCAGAUUAUUUGUGUUUCACCAGCAUCUAAGGAUGUCCCUGCCAUACCUGUGGACCAAGACUGGUUUGGUAUAGAGCUGCUGCUAAAAUCCAGAGAGACAGGGAAGAUGUUUGUCAGCACAGAAUUCAAGUUCUACAACUGCAGUGCUCAUCAGCUGUGCCUCUCUUGUGUGAACAGUGCUUUUCGAUGCCACUGGUGUAAAUAUCGAAACCUUUGCACCCAUGAUCCCACAACAUGCUCCUUUCAGGAAGGGCGGAUCAAUGUUUCUGAGGAUUGCCCACAGCUUUUCCCUACAGAAGAGAUUUUGAUCCCUGUUGGUGAGGUGAAGCCCAUAACACUGAAAGCUAGAAAUUUACCUCAGCCUCAGUCUGGCCAGCGUGGUUAUGAAUGUGUCCUCAACAUCCAAGGUGUGAUUCAUCGUGUACCUGCUCUUCGUUUCAACAGCUCAAGUGUCCAGUGCCAGAAUAGCUCGUAUCUCUAUGAUGGCAUGGAUAUAAGUAAUUUAGCAGUGGAUUUUGCUGUGGUUUGGAAUGGAAACUUCAUUAUUGACAACCCAGAAAACUUGAAAGUUCACCUCUACAAAUGUGCAGCACAGCGGGAAAGCUGUGGGUUGUGCUUAAAAGCAGAUCAGAAAUUUGAGUGUGGCUGGUGCACUGGAGAAGGAAAAUGCACCUUGCGUCAGCACUGCCCCUCUCCUAUCAGCGGAUGGGGAAGGUGGCUCGAUUGGUCAAGCAGAAAUGUUAAAUGCUCCAACCCACGCAUUACAGAGAUCCUCACUGUGUCAGGGCCACCGGAAGGGGGAACACGAGUGACCAUUCGUGGCAUUAACCUGGGCCUGGAUUUCUCGGAAAUAGCCCACAAUGUACAAGUGGCUGGUGUGGAAUGCACUCCAUUGGAGGAGCAGUACAUUAUUGCUGAGCAGAUCGUAUGUGAGAUGGGCCAGGCUGACUCUGAUCCCAGUUCCGGUCCUGCGCUGCUCUGCAUUGGAGAAUGCAAGCCGGAAUUUGUGGCCAAAUCUGCACAGCAUUACACAUUUGUGAAUCCUUCAGUGAGCUCUCUGAGUCCCAGCCGUGGGCCAGAGUCAGGAGGGACUAUGGUGACCAUCACUGGCCAUUUUUUGGGGGCUGGCAGCAGUGUGUCGGUGUUGCUGGGUAACCAGACCUGCGAGUUUUAUGGGAGAUCCAUGAAUGACAUUGUGUGUGUGUCUGCACCUUCAACUCAUGGCCUAGGCAUUGUGCAUGUCUCAGUCAGUGUGGACCGGGCCCACAUAGAGAGCAUGUUGCAGUUUGAAUACAUUGAUGACCCAAAAGUUCAGCGUAUUGAGCCGGAGUGGAGCAUAGCCAGUGGCCACACACCUCUGACUGUCAUAGGGUCCAACCUGGAUGUCGUACAGGAACCUAGGAUCCGAGUGAAGUAUAAUGGCAAGGAAUCUGUCAAUGUUUGUAAAGUUGUGAAUACAACCACCCUCACAUGUCUGGCUCCCUCACUUACCUCGGAGUACCGACCUGGUUUGGAUGCUGUUGAACGACCUGAUGAAUUUGGCUUCAUCUUUAACAAUGUUCAGGCUUUGCUGAUUUACAAUGACACCAGGUUUAUCUACUACCCAAACCCUACAUUUGAGCUUCUGAGUGCCAGUGGAAUCUUGGAUCAGAAGCCAGGUUCACCCAUUAUCCUGAAGGGUAAAAAUUUGUGUCCUCCUGCCUCUGGUGGAGCAAAGCUAAAUUACACUGUUCUGAUUGGAGAAACUCCUUGCGCUGUCACCGUCUCUGAGACCCAGCUGCUGUGCGAGCCUCCAAAUCUUACUGGGCAACACAAAGUUAUGGUACAUGUGGGUGGCAUUGUCUUCUCACCUGGCUCGGUGAAUGUGAUCUCGGAUAGCCUGCUGACCCUGCCAGCUAUUGUAAGCAUUGCAGCAGGAGGCAGCCUUCUCCUCAUCAUAGUCAUCAUUGUGCUCAUUGCCUACAAGCGCAAGUCCCAUGAAAAUGACCUUACUCUCAAGAGACUACAGAUGCAGAUGGACAACUUGGAGUCUCGGGUGGCCCUUGAGUGCAAAGAAGCUUUUGCAGAGCUACAGACAGACAUCAAUGAGUUAACCAGUGAUCUGGACCGCUCAGGGAUCCCGUACCUUGACUAUCGCACAUAUGCCAUGAGGGUCCUCUUCCCCGGCAUUGAAGACCACCCUGUCCUGCGUGAGCUAGAGGUUCAAGGCAAUGGGCAGCAGAGUGUUGAAAAGGCCUUGAAACUCUUUGCCCAGCUGAUCAACAACAAAGUCUUCCUGUUGACAUUCAUCCGUACCCUGGAAAUGCAGCGAAGUUUCUCCAUGCGGGAUAGGGGCAAUGUGGCUUCCCUCAUCAUGACGGGUCUUCAAGGAAAGCUAGAAUAUGCCACGGAUGUCUUGAAGCAGCUGUUGUCUGACCUGAUUGAGAAGAACCUGGAGAAUAAAAAUCACCCCAAGCUCCUCUUACGUAGGACUGAAUCAGUAGCUGAGAAAAUGUUGACGAAUUGGUUUGCUUUCCUGCUCCACAAAUUUCUUAAGGAAUGUGCUGGAGAGCCGCUCUUCAUGCUGUACUGUGCCAUCAAGCAACAGAUGGAAAAAGGCCCAAUUGAUGCUAUUACGGGGGAGGCACGUUAUUCCCUGAGUGAGGACAAGCUGAUCCGGCAGCAGAUUGAGUACAAAACUCUAAUCUUGAACUGUGUGAAUCCUGACAAUGAGAACAGUCCUGAGAUUCCUGUGAAAGUGCUGAACUGUGACACGAUCACUCAGGUCAAAGAGAAGAUUCUGGAUGCAGUGUAUAAAAAUGUUCCAUACUCCCAAAGACCACGAGCUGUUGAUAUGGACCUCGAGUGGCGCCAGGGCCGUAUAGCACGUGUGGUCCUUCAGGAUGAAGACAUCACCACCAAGAUUGAGGGUGACUGGAAGCGGCUAAACACCCUGAUUCAUUAUCAGGUGUCCGAUCGCUCUGUAGUGGCCCUUGUUCCUAAGCAGACCUCUUCUUACAACAUUCCCACCUCUGCCAGCAUAUCACGGACCUCAAUUAGCAGAUAUGCUUCUUUUUCCUCCUGCCCAGAUUCCACAUUUCGGUACACAGGCAGUCCAGACAGUCUCCGUUCCAGAGCACCUAUGAUUACUCCAGACCUAGAGAGUGGAGUGAAGGUCUGGCAUUUAGUCAAGAACCAUGAUCAUGGUGACCAAAAGGAGGGUGAUCGGGGCAGUAAGAUGGUGUCAGAGAUCUACCUAACCAGGCUGCUAGCUACAAAGGGUACGCUGCAAAAGUUUGUGGAUGAUUUGUUUGAAACCUUGUUCAGCACUGUGCACCGAGGCAGUGCCCUCCCACUGGCUAUCAAAUAUAUGUUUGAUUUCUUGGAUGAGCAAGCGGAUAAGCAUGGCAUCCAUGAUACCGAUGUGAGGCACACCUGGAAGAGCAACUGUCUUCCUCUCCGCUUCUGGGUGAAUGUAAUUAAAAACCCACAGUUCGUCUUUGACAUCCACAAGGGAAGUAUCACAGAUGCCUGCCUCUCAGUCGUGGCUCAGACUUUUAUGGAUUCUUGCUCCACUUCAGAGCAUCGUCUGGGCAAAGACUCCCCCUCCAACAAGCUGCUUUAUGCCAAGGACAUACCUAGUUAUAAGAGCUGGGUAGAGAGGUAUUACGCAGACAUUGCAAAACUACCAGCCAUUAGUGACCAAGACAUGAAUGCCUACCUCGCAGAACAGUCACGCCUGCACUCUGCUGAUUUCAAUAUGCUAAGUGCACUCAAUGAAAUCUACUCCUAUGUCAGCAAAUACAGUGAGGAGAUCAUCGGAGCUCUGGAGCAGGAUGAACAGGCGCGCCGGCAGCGCUUAGCAUACAAAGUAGAACAGCUUAUUGGUGCCAUGUCCAUGGAGAGCUGAAGAAAGGAGCAGGAACUCCUAGAACAAAGAAAAGGAAGUGGCUGCUGCAAAGACUUUUGGGAAUAAGCCGGCAAAGAGGCCACAGGGAACACACCUGAGGUACUGUGAGAACCUUCCAAAAGAAGUAGAAGUUGGCUCAGAACUCACUCAUCGGAUUCCAGUUGAAAAGACAGAGGAAAACCAAUAGCAACAGUGCAUCUCAAAAACCAGAUGGUUUUGCGAAGAAGUCCAGCUCUUCAAGUCGUAACGUAGAAAGAUUGUGGGAAGCUAAAUUCCUUCAUGACUGCUGCUUUGCAUGAAAGUUGUUUGAUGUAUAUUAGGAGAUAACAAAAAAAAAUACUAUUUAAAGUUUUUUUCUUUUUUUAAAAGAAAAAAGGAAAGUGAAAGAAAAAAAUGUAAUGUAACAAAAACCACAGUGGCCACAUCAACUAUUGUGUUGAAAAGAUUCCACUACACACACACACACACACACUGUCCCUCCCAUCUCAUAAGGUCCCUGUUGUUCAUGGCUCAGACGGAUGCGGAUGGUUUGCAAGUGAACUCUUAACACCUGUGGAAUUGUUUGGGGGGAGGGAAUGCCAGUAUUCCUUUUCCUGGGAAUAAACAGAAAGGCCCACGAGCACAAAUUUGCACCUAACCUUUAAAAGUGCAACUGAGGGAUGGAAAUCCUGCUGCCUGUGUCUGCAAGGGCCACCAAGGAAAAACGUGUGUGUUAAAAAGCCAUCCAGUCACUCAGUCCCAUCUGUUUUUGGAAACUAACUUCAGCUAUGUAUUUAUAGAGUACGGAUAUUUUUUUAAUACUCCUUAUUUGCCACUGAAGGGGCACUAUGAUUUUAUGGAAGUCUUUCAUUCCUCUUCGGCUUUGACAUAAAACCCCGUUUCAAAGAUUCCUCCCUGUUUUCUGUGUGUUUGACAACCAAGUUCCUUAGGAAUGUCUUGUCCUUUUGAAGCUAAGGAAGUUGUGAGUGAUUUAAACUGAAACUGGUGCAUUGUGUGCUUCUACAAGUGUAAGUUAUGUGAAAAUUCAUUGGCUUUCUUAUUUGCUUUGGAUGUGGUUAGUUUUUGGGUUGGGAUUGUUUUUUCCCCUAGUUACUAUGUGAUUUCCUGCAGUUAAAAAGCAAAAGCAAAAAGUGUUUACAGCAAGCAGUACUUGAACAGUAUAGAUCUAAUGAGACACGAUGUUCAUUGCAUUCCCUCUUUGGAUUCACUGAUGCUUAUGUGAUCAGGAUAAAUGGCAUCUGCAUGUUUCUCACACCCUCUGCAAGGUCAAGCAAAGGUUAAGCAGAAGAUUUCUGUGUCCACUGGGAGGGUGACAUGAGGGGGACCUUCUCGCUAGACAAAGCAAAAUGGCACACUCUACAGAGCUGCUAAUGGCUGUCUUCUUUGUCCUUCUCCAUGUGUUUUGUCUUGGGCUAGAUUUCUUAGCUGACCCCCAGUAGCCCUUUUCUCAAUGAUCAGUGGAAGAUUGGUGUCUGUGAAUUGUUCUUUAAUAAGAGAGAGAGAGAGAAUAAAAAAGACCAAAGCUUUCUUAUCCCUUUCAAGAGUGCCAGGUAGCAGGUGGGAUGCUGUAAAUAUAUCUCCCUGUAAUAAAUAUUGAUAUCUGUGCAGGCUGCAGUUAAGAGGGGCGAUUAGGGGCCAAGGUGAUUAAGCUUAAUGGGAAGCAGGAUAUCGACCCAUAGUUUUUAGAUCUUGGGAGUAGAAUCGGAGUCAUAUGUAAGAAAAGUGAAAUAGCUAACUCAAGGAAUGGGAUGUUUGGACCUCUGGCUUAUGUGAUGAUUUAGAUCAUGGCACAGGUGUUUUGUUUUUGUUCUUUCCUUGUGUAUCGUUUCUCAUUAACUAUACAUUCUGAAUGGAACCCAUAGGUACUCUCCCAUGUCAGGAAUGGGUGCAACAAAUAUGAAAAACCUAGAGGUGUUUGGAAGUCAAUAUUGUUUAUUAGUACACCUUUCAUGAUAUUAUUUAACUGUUCAAUGAAGGGAAAUCUCAAAGGUCAAGAAAACAAAGCUUCUGCCCCACAUAUACCACAGUUGUGCAUCAAUCCUGUGUCUAGGGCUUGUCCUUGCCACAUUUGUCCAGACCAGUGUUCAGAUUUAAGAGGGAUUCCGGAACAAGGAUGUAAAUAAUAUUUUGAUAUUUUAUUGUCCUUGAUGAACAGUGUCUGAACACACUGAGACAUGCUAUCAGAAAAAAACAUGGCAACCUUUGAAUGAUUUUUAGCCUCUACACAAGAGCAAAAAGAUCAACACUUUUUCAUCAGCAGCAACAUUUGCUUGUUGUUGUUGUUGUUGUUUAGUCGUCAAGUCGUGGCCGACUCUUCGUGACCCCAUGGACC